AUGGGAGGUUGCUGUUGUUCUGCCAGAAAAUCUAAUCUGCGAGGGGCACCAGUGUAUUACUAUUGCCCACCGACUUUUGAAGAGCGUGAGUCUUUAACAUCUAAUGAUGGCACAAAUGCUUCACUCAAUGCUGGAUAUCUGGUUGGUUUGAACAUAGAAGCAUCCAUGCCUGAUACUUUUCAGCCCCCUCCGGUCCCUCUUCCUUAUGACACAGUCUUGGGAGGCUCUGCAUCAACAUAUUCUGAAUCUGGCAGAGAAACAGUUAGUAGUUUUGAAACUUUAAUCACACGUGAAGAUGUUGAAGAAUCAAAUUGUAAAGCUCAAACCAACUCCUCUCCAACAUCUCCAAGGAAGGAAGAAUUAUCAAAAUCAAAUGAAACUAAAUUAUUAGUGAUGGAAGAAGAGGAUGUCUGUCCAAUUUGUCUUGAAGAAUAUGAUGUUGAAAAUCCUAGAGAUUUGACAAAAUGUGAACACCAUUUUCACCUAUCUUGCAUUCUUGAGUGGAUGGAAAGAAGUGACUCCUGUCCUAUAUGUGAUCAGGAGAUGAUAUUUUGA